AUGAUGAUGCGCCGUGUUUUCUUUGUCGUGUUGGCGUUUGCACUGCUGUGCUGCUGCUCGUGCGUGUUUGCUAUGGAGGAGGAGGUGCAAGAGCCGCAGGUGCUGCAGGUGAAUGCAGAGUGUGCGGAUGUUGGUGGCAAAGUUACGCGUUGGCAACUCCCUGGGAACUCAUUGUGGUACAACUGCACGGUUGAAGAUAAUGGUGUGGGGAAGGAGAUUUGCGGCAUGGGCGGCGGAAACUGUACGUCCGAGGAUGUUGAGAGGCGUGCCAAAGGAGUUGCGAAGGGCGGUGUCUUUACGAUCAACGUCACAUCGCUCACUCCAAGCGCGGUGAAGAGGUGGUGGGAGAGUAACGUGAAGUCGAAGGCGGUCACCGUUGAAAGUGUUCCGGCUAAAUCUUUGGAAGCAGAACCUCCGAGCCCUCCAGAACACAAGGAUUCUCGUGAAACAUCUUCCAGACCGGGUUCUGAAUCUUUUCCGGACGGCGCUGAGGGUGUGGCUGGUGCCCCUCCUCCACCACCUGCAACUCCAGGCGGCGCUGUUGCUAACUCUGCUGCUGGCGCUGCGGCCACGACGGAUCCUUCUCCUCCUGCGACUUUGCAAGCGCAGAAUUCCGCUCCCGCUGGUGAGCUUCAAGGCCCUUCACAUUCUACUUCUGCUGCUUCUGCUGCACCCGAAUCCCCACCAGAUCCAAAGCCCACAGAAGACAGCGACCACUCCUCCCAUGACCCUUCAGUGGAACUGCAGGAAGAGACUGCUGCUGCGCCACCGACUCAGUUGUCCCAGACCGGCGAGGACGGGGGUGCAGCGGAAGGCGCCGAAGAGGACACCGCCGCCAACACCACCGACACUGCUUCCACCAGCGAAGUAAAUUCUACGGCGGCAAGCAUGCCGGCUCCUCUUUCCUCUGCGCCCAAAACGAACGCUCUGGAGAACCGUGUGGGAACUGACGCCUGCUUCCAUGACACCCAUCUGCAUGCCCUGUCACCGCUUGUUCUGGCUGCACUCACGUACGGGACACUGGGCUGA